UGGGGGUGGCGACAGGCGUAGCCUACCACGCCAUCUGCAGUCCUGUUCGUUAACGGAAGUGUAGAGCAGUAAAAAGUUUGUCUCCGUGGAAGAAACAGAGACGAAAAAAAAAAAAAAAAAUUCGAAACCAUUUUUUUUUCCAGAAGAUACGAACCAAAUAUUGCUUCUCUCUGGCGUGGGCAAGCCAGCGUGUUGAAUACACGUAUUAAAUCGCGACAUUUCAUCUUUAAUGUCGUAAAGUUUUUUUUGAAUUUUAGAAAACAAGACGUCAAGAAUGUUACGACAAUAGUGCUGUGUAAAAAAACAAACAGUAAACACAGUGUACAAUAAUGUGAAAAGCUGUGAAUAUAUAGAAGGAGUGAAGCCUCUCCUUGCUUGUGUGUAGCCUAUUGUGUCAUCGCGUAUUGUGUCACGGUGGGACGUGUCAUAAAUGGAUGUUUUAUUGACUAAUUUCAUAGACUGACCUAGAUCUAUGUUAACUUGAGAGAUGUAACGAUGUCUGGAUACCUCUCUGCCUGACUUAGGAUUUUUCUAUUACAGAUGAGACUCAUCUUGUUCUCAAUGAUCUAGCCACAUUGAAAUGAGUAAAGCCACUGACAAGCUUGAGGUCAACGUUCCUGAUAGCCACAAGAACAAAGCCUCUAAUGAUUUCGAUCGGAUAUUCGGGAAUCACGAGACUAUGGUCUCAGACGGGUCAGAAGCAGACCUACACCAGGAGUUCUACUGCUGUGAGAAGAAUCCAGGUCAUCCGGAUUUCAUACCAAUCAAAACAUUUAGCAUCGAACACAUACCCCAACGCCACCAGGAUAGGGAUCUCUAUGACUUCAUCACAUCUAUCGCUGACAUGACAGUCCGGGUGGACGUUAAACUGACCAGUCAGAACAGACCCAUGUUCUGGCCUAGGACCGAUGUAAAGUAUCCCUUUUACGAGAUGAAAGAUAUCAACGCUGGUAAGAACAGGAGGCUGGGCAGCGGUAGGGUCAGUCUGGUCACCAAGUACGUGGACGGCUACGACGCAGACGGAUACAAAAACCUCAUGUCCUACAACGUCUGCCCAUGUCACACGUGCCGCGAGUCUGUGAACGCGAGCGCCGUCUGGUGGGACAUUGAAAUCCUGACCGCCACCCACGUCGUCUUCGACGAUCUUGAAGCUGCCCAGACCACUUGCAGACUCUUCUACGACGACAAGGACAGCCCCGUGGUCACGAUCGACGGCGUUUGCGUUGGUUUUCAAAACAUAGAGAGAGACUGGUGCAGGCUGGUCUGCGUGACGUGCAACAAGGAACUUGGCGACAAACUGUCGCAGAUGAAGAAGCGCUGCAACACUCUCUGGAAAGUCGUCCAUCCCAAGUAUUAUGAUAGCAAGAAGGACGAACACAAGCUAAUGUUCAUUGUGUCACACCCACACGGACGUCCGAAGUACGUCAGCAUCGGACAGUGGGAGGACAGGAUUCAUUUAAAAAAUUUCAUUUUCAAUGGGAACCAGUUCAGCUACAAGACCAGUACGUGCCCAGGAAGUAGUGGGGCUACAGUGUACUGUCUGGGCUACACUGGAUGGUGGCUGUUUCAGCUGGUUCACAGUGGUUCCAAGUCAGAGCUUAAUUACUGCAGUCCUGGCUUUGUGUUAUAACUACCAUCUCUUGUUUUGACUUAUGAAUAUAAACGAUGUUUCCAUACGUAAUCACACGAAUCAUUAUGCCGUCCCCUGCCCAUUUACAAAGUAAGUUGUUAUUAUAAAGUCAGAAUAGGUCAUGAAGACAUUUUACUGUAAAAAUUUCUUUGGUUUAAAAAAGUGCGUCCGGCCUCGUUAUAUUUAUUUCUCAAACAGCUAAAGAUUUCUUUUUGUUCUAUAUUUGUGAUAGUAAUACAAAUAUUUAUUUCAAAAUGUUUUGUUGUUAUCAUAAAUAGUACAAGGGAAAUAAAUAGAUUUUUAAAAAAUCUAAAAUUUUGACUUAUCUUAUCUUAUCUUAUAUAAUACAGACGUUACUUCAAAAAAGAAGAUGAUUACGUCCUACGCAUCAUGGAUUUAGUCAUGCAUAUUAACCAAUGACUUAAACUCUGCAAAGUCACUGGUUUUCCUGGCUAGCUCAGGCAACCCAUUCCAUGCUAUAAUAGCACUAGGGAAGAAGGAGUAUUUGUACUAAUUUGUCCUAGCAUAUGUGACAUGGAAUGUACUUUUAUCUUUGUGUCUUUCAGAGUAUUUUAUUAAAUUUUGUUUUUGUAUUUGAAGAUUAUGGUUCAGUGUUUUAUGUAUAAUUGCUACUUUACUUUUGAGUCUUCUGUCCUGAAGGCUUUCUAAAUUUAGUGAUUUUACUAAAGGUGUUACUCUAGUCAAAUGUGAAUAUUCGUUUGUUAUGAAUCUCACUGCUCUAUUUUGUGUCUGUUCCAGUUUCUUAAUGUUUUCUUGAGUUGAGGGGUCCCAAACGGAGGAUGCAUAUUCUAUUAUUGGCCUAACCUAGGUUAAAUAACAUUUUAGUUUUAUGUUCUUAUUUGAUUUAUAGAAAUUUCUUUUAAUAAAUCCUAAUGCUUUGUUUGAUUUUUUAAUAGUUUCAUCAAUAUGUGGAUUCCAUGACAGUUUUUCAUGUACUUACGAGUGAAUAACUUUCUUUGUAUGUAAACCUAUUUGUAUACCUGUGUAUUUUUAUUUUAUCUUUUCUAGAUAGCUUAUUUUUUUAAGUCUGAGGUUUGGGUCUAACUAUGACAUCGAGAUUUGUUUAGUGGUCUGACAUUUGAACUUAAGGAUUACAGUACAUCCAAAUCUCGGUGUGUUGUUUAUUGUGGAGAUAAUCCGAAUCAUGUUACUUUGGUGGGUUUAGCUAGAACAAAGAAACAAAAGCAUUGCUAUUAAUGUCUAUAAGCUUCUCAAGUCCAACUUUCCUGGUUAAUUUCUAUCUCAAUCUUGACUUAACCUAACCUACAUAUAAUAUAGCCCUAAUAAAUCUGUCUCAAUCCUGUCUAAAUCUAACUAUAAAGUCUGUUAGUAAUGGGCACAAGCGGCCUUAGUCAAGAGAAAGAAAAAGAAAGCUGCCCUAUCAGAUAGCCCUUAAUUUAUUUUUUGUAAAUAGAUGUAUACACAUGAACGAACUGGGGCAAAAUCUGCCGCUCCAGAAUUGGUUGGAUUAGCCUCAACAGAUUCUGCCCCGUCUCAAGACGAGACCAAAACCAAUGACUCAUUUGGCUCAAUCUAUGGCUCUCAUUAGACAUAAGGUGCCAUAUAAAAUAAGUUGUAAUGCAGGUUUAUUUAGGUGUGCAGUUUUUUUUUUUUAAAGUCAUAUGAUCUAUCUAUAGUUCGUCCAUUGUGGUUCGAUGCUGACCACUUUCGUCAUCCACGGGACUGAAGGUUUUGUACUGUGGUUUUGUGCCUCCAUAAGUGGCUGCUGAGAUCUAUGUGAGCCCUGAACGUUCGGCUGUACAAAAAAGCUAUAUAAAAAUUGCUAUGUGAAAAACUGUUUAUUAUUUAGCAUUCUCCUUUAUUAUUUUGUACACCUAUUGUGUCUUUUAUUGCGUCAUUGUAUGAUAUUACAAAUAACUUUUGCACCCUGGCCAAAUGUUCAUCCCAACAUUGAACUGUACACCAGUCAAAACAAACACAGUGCUUCCCCUUCUCAUAAGGCCUGAUUCUUCUUUUCCUGAGAAUAGUCAAUAGUCAUUAUGGGUUUUCUUCUGGGUUUUCUGCCAACUGCAAUGUCUCGCCAGCCGAGCAAAUCAAUCAGAAACCGGAAUCGUAAAUGUAGUAAAUUUUUUAUUUAGCGCUCUAAAAUAAUAGCGUGCUUCUUUUAGAGUUCCUGAUAUAGUCAUUUUAUUUUCUUUAUUUAUUCCAAUGGUAUACUUUAAAAAUACUUUUAUUUUUAGUUCCUGUUAGAAGUACCUCAUUUUUAUUUCCUAUUUCAUUAUUAAAAGUAUUGCAGUAAA